AUGGAGUGCUGUAAAGAUAUGGGUGUUCAGAAGAGACAUAGUCAGUUUAGCGACACGAAGUAUAAGUGGAGGACAGUGUCAGUGUUCAUCAUAACGGUUUUCUAUUGCUUUUGUGGGUGUAAAGGACAGGAGUCGUUCGGAGGGGCAGACCCUUAUCUUCUAAACAAGUCGUUAGGAUUGACGGAAUUGCCGGGUGGUGUGUUAACCGGCGGCCGUACUGUAUGGAAACCGGAUAGUAGCCCAUACUUGUUGCGGGACGACCUGCUGAUUGAGAGAGAUGCAGAGCUUGUGAUAGAGCCGGGAGUGGAGGUGCGAUUCGCUCCUAUGAUCGGGAUUACAGUGCGCGGGAGACUUACAGCAGUGGGUAGCAGUCAGAACCUUAUAACAUUUACGAGUACAGAAGAGCCCGUCAAACCAUCCAGACCUAUACCAGAUAUACGCCUGGUAGAUGGACCGUCUAUUUUGGUCGGAAGAGUACAGCUAUUACAUCGUGGACAGUGGAGAUCAGUCUGUACAAAUUCCAGAAACUGGACGUUGAAUGAUAUGGAAACAGCAUGCAGGCAGCUUGGCUUCAUGGGUGGUUCUUUUUAUAACUGGAUGGAUAGACAGCCCGGUAGACGAUCGAGGCUCUUGUUCGAAGAACCGAAAUGUAAAGGAACAGAAUAUGAUUUAUUUCAAUGUGAUUGGAAUUCCAGACAACUUGGUUCAGGCGUUUGCGAUUUUCACCCAGACCUUGCUAUCGAAUGUUCCCCACACCAUGACGUUAAUGAACAAGGGGGAUCCGGACGCCAUUGGAGGGGUGUACGCUUCGAAAACGCUGUUCACGAAAGAAUUCUGACUGCAGGGAAUACUCUUUUUGUUCCAACAUCGAUGUCUAGACUCGAGCAUAUCGUUAUAAAAAACGCAGGUCUUGGAAGAGAUAAUAAUGCUACAAGUGCCUUAGAUAUAAUAGGUGUUCCACCAGUGAUGGAAGACAUAGAAGUAUCAAAUUCCGCCUUCAACGCUAUAAACGUCACGUCACCCAACGCUCCUAUAUCAAUCAACAAUUGCACAAUACAAAACAAUAGAGGAUACGGUGUAUAUGUCAAUUCUACAUUUGGCAUGGCAAGAAUUGAGAACUGUUUGAUUCACGAUAAUGGUGGAGACGGAGUUAAAUAUGUGGUGCACGAAAUGAAUAUGGACGAAAGAUUCGAUAGAAGCGAAAUAUUUGACUUGUGUACUUUAGCAUCUACAUCCAGUCAGACAUUCCCAAUUCAAAUGUCUAUCGAACAGUCGAGAUAUUCAAACAUGGAGAGAGAUUGCCAUCAAAAAUUCUUUACCAGAACUGACCACGUUCUAACUUUAACAUUUAUUAAGCUUUUGACUAAUGAAAAUAAUACAGGAGAGAUAUUUAUCUAUGACGGCUUAAGCACUGACGAUAGACUUAUACUAUCGUUUAGUAUUAGAAAUCACACUCGACCGCAAAGCAUUACAUCAACAAUGAACCGCAUGUACGUGAGAUUUCGAGCGAACACGAGGACAGAUAUUACAGGAUUUCUGAGACUGACAUCAGGUGUAACAAAAACGUAUGAUUUGAAUGUCACUGAUACAAUUAUAUCUGACAAUAAUGGUAGAGGAGUGGUUAUAGAGAAUUUAAGAUCACAGAUUCACAUUCAUCGUACUUCAAUAUCUAAUAACAAUCAUGUCGCUGGACUUCAAGUAGUUAGCGGUGCAGGAGACGUAAAUGUCACUGAAAGUAGAAUAUCAUUUAAUCAAGGCGACGGGAUUAAUAUUACUGUUACAGGAGGAAAUAGAAAUAUAUCACGAAGUAUAUUAAGCUCCAAUCAAGGUUAUGGCAUCGCUGUUUGGGUCAAUACUACUCAAGAGACUGAAUAUGUUCCAGUAAACCAAACAACUGUAGUUGAGUAUUCUGAAAUCUUUAAGAAUUUGGAUGUUGGUAUACUGCAUGGAAACUAUUGCGGUGACAGUUGGGUUAAUAUAACGGGUAAUUGGUUCAAUACCAGUCUGGAAAGCACUGUAGAGAUAUCAACUUGCUGGAGGCUGAAUAGUCCUAACAAGCUACUUUAUUUGCAAAUAGGUCACAACAGAUUUUAUGAAAACCAAAAAGUUCCCCUAAAAAUCCAACCGGCACUCAAUGUAUUCGGGAGAAUAGAACACAAUUACUUUGAACAUGGUAAUCAUGGUGCUAUCGUGAUUUUGAAUAGAAUAGAUGGAAUUUUCUUGGAAGAAUUUGAAAUAUUACCUGCUAGAUUUAAUAUACAACAUAAUUAUUUUUUUGGUAAUAGGGGGCCUUUUGUGGUAAGCCUUGGCCUGUCUCCUUACAGUAACCUCCAAUACAUUCUCUUCACGAGAAAUUUUCUACGUGACAAUAGAAUACGAGAACCAUUUGAGCCCUUGGAGGGCAUAUCGUCAAGACUUAUACCAAGAAGUAGAGUAGCUGCAGUGAUUGUGCUGGCAUCAAGCAACAUUGACGUUUUUAGAAAUAUUAUUAAUAAUCCGGAAGCUCAAUAUGAAAUAGGUUCCCAUGUUGAAGAUCAGAGCAAAAUAUUGAACUGUACUUUUAAUUGGCUGGGAUUUGGUGAAGAAGAAAAGGUUUACAACAGACUUUUCCACAGGAAAGAUAGAUAUAAUUUGGCGAAAAUUAUAUACAUUCCAUAUUUAUUGCAUAGCAGUAAUCCCGGGGCUACGCAAAUUAAUUUUAAUUCACUUUAUGUACCUCAGUUUAAUAUGCCUGGAUCAUUUGUUGUUGGAGGUGAAGUUGAAGGUAUAGAAAUACUUCGACAAGGAGAAUAUGACGUCAACAAAGAUAUUAAUAUUCGUCCCGGUGGAAAACUAGUUCUGCAAUCGGGAGUAACCUUAAAAUUUCCACCUGCCAUAGGAAUAAUGGUUGCUGGUAGAUUGGACGCAAGAGGCAAGCGACCUAGUGAUAUUACUUUUACUUUAAAAGAGGAAAUUGUUAUGACAAAUGAUAGUGUUUAUGAAACAGACUUUGAACCAACUACACCUGGGUACGCGGAACCUAUUGUACCCAUACGAUUAUUAGGUGGAAGAACACAACAUGAAGGAAGGCUACAGGUUAGAAUAGACGAUAAGUGGGGAACUGUGUGCAAUUAUAGAUGGAAUAUCUUGAACGCUGCUCUUGUCUGCAACCAACUAGGACUUGCUCUGAAUCCAGAUGAUUGGUUUUUAGAACCUAAUGAAAUCCCCGAUGCAGGAACCGCAGAAGAUAUCAUAUUAUCGAAUGUUGAAUGUACAGAAUUUGAUAAUGAUAUUACAAGAUGCAGAGCAGAAACUAGGGAGCACUUCGAAAAUUCUUGUACGCACGAAAAUGAUGUCGGAAUCAGAUGUUAUGAAACUAGUUGGGCUGGAGUUAGAUUUAGUGUUAUUUCUGAAAGAGCUGACUUACAAUAUGUCACAAUAGAAAAAGCUGGCCUUCUAGAUUAUUCAUCAAAUCUUUUUAAACCCGCACUUCAAAUCGAUUUUGCCCGACAUAGUUUAGAAAGUGUUAAAAUAACUAAUAAUUACCAUGAUGGUUUAGGAAUUAUUUAUUCAGAUUUGUAUGGAGCAGAUGCGGUAAAUACUGUACGCAACUCUGAAUUUAGCAACAAUAAAGGUAGUGGUAUAAGUUUCAAGCAAUUAGGGCUUAAAGUAUACAGUUCUGUAAUUGAAAACAAUAACAUAGCUGGUAUUUCUCACAAUCCUCAUAUUCCUGGUGCACAACAAAGGGAAUUAGCAGGUUGGUUCAAUUUUGAUCCUGGAUUUAACAUAGAUGAAUCCAGUUUCCGCCCUAUAAUUAUACCUGAUUAUGAAACGGACAUAAGUUUAGUGAAUCUAGAAACUAGACACUUAGUUUUUAGAAACCGGCCUGGAGAAAACAUAUCAAAAACUUAUAAUAUUAGAUGUAAUCCAGGUUAUGUUCUUGGACUUCAGCUUUUGAAUCCCAUUCAUAAUUUUUCAACGGAAAAUAUUUGCAUAUAUGAUUCGCAAAAUAUAAAUGAAGCAAGUGUUCAAUGGUGUUUAGAUCGUGAUCUAUCGACUUUCCCAACCACAAGUACUAGUUUUGGAGUAGUACUCACAUAUGAGAGUGGAACUAAUGCUUUAGGUGGUGUUGUCCUUGUAGUUAGUACAAUAGCAGCCCCAGUACAAAAUCUUAGAAAUAGAAUCAUUAAGGGUCCUGUUCCAACACUACAAGUUGUAAAUUCAAAAAUAAAGGGUAAUACUAAAGGUGUAAAAGCUUUAUAUUACAAUCGGUUUUUAAAUGAAUUAGGUGAUCACUUUUUAAGAAAAGCUAAUGAGAGUAUCAAGCUUUUUAAUUGUGAAAUUGCAUAUAAUAAAGAAGAAGCUAUUUAUGUAAACACGCCUUUUUGGGACAUUCAUGAAAGUAACAUAACUGAAAUAACUAUUAUGGUGAACAGUAGUUUAAUUACUGAUAACGGCAGAGGAAUAUAUCAUUUUGCAAGAGAUUUAAGGAGCUCUAAUAAUUUGUAUCACUACAUCUUACAAGAUAAUACCUUAGAGAGGAAUAGACAAGGUGGAUUUGAUGUGAAUUUGCCGUAUGUUUGGCAGUAUAACGAGAAUUUCACUCAUUCCGUAUACAUGCAUAAUAAUACUUGGCGCAACAAUCAGUUCUUCGCUGUCGUUAUAGAUGGGCAUUUUGCAGAAGUUAACAUCACAAAGAACAUUUUCACUGACAACUAUUGUAAGACUGGUCUACUUUCAAUUCAAGGAAUGGAAAAGAAAAUGAUGAUCGAUGGCAACUUUAUUGAAAGGAAUAACGGACAAUUUAUGAUUAAAUUCCACAUGGAUAGUCAAAGUGAAAUCAUGGGACUUGUUUACGCCCUUUUUGUUUACAACCAAGUGAAGAAUAACAAGCAUGUUCUGUCUCAGAUGAGUCGAGGUAGUUUAAUAAGAAGUGUUGAUCCAACAUAUGUCAUAGGUUUUAAAGGGAUACAAAAAGUUAAAGUAAGCAGGAAUUUGCUUGGAAAUAACGCUUUGGAAUAUACUUUAUUAGCUGGCAUAAGGACUGCAAAGAUUAAUAAUUUACUAGAUGUAACAGAAAAUUGGUGGGGAACUACCCAAGACCAAGAAAUCAGGAAGCAAAUAUUUGAUUUUGAUGAUUGGAACAAUCACGCUAUCGCAACAUAUGUACCUUAUUUGCUUGAAGAUCGUAUAGAUGCCAGUAUAUCUGCAUCGUUCAUUUCAGAUAAUUUCAUAGAUGUAGAUGCGUUAGGAGGCAGAUUAACAUCUAAUUUCACCAUAGAAUCCAGAAUCGCGCCUUAUAUAGUCCGAACAGACAUUACUGUAAUGCCAGAUGUUGUAUUAACUAUUAGUCCAGGUGUUAUUCUUGAGUUCGCACCAAACGUUGGCAUAUUAGUUUUGGGAUAUCUUUACGCAAUAGGCCAUGGCCAAUCACCUAUAGUAAUGAGGCCCAUAACUCCAGAGACCAAUAUUGAAAUCGGUAGAAUGAAAAGAGAUCUUGGACAAUAUUCGUCUAGCCAUCAAAAGCAUAGGCGUCAAUUAGAGUCAUUGAGUCUUCCACACUCAAUUCGGCUGUGCACAAGCAGAAAUUGUUCUAUCACCGAUAAUGUAGCAGAGAAAAUAAAUGAGGGAUUUUUAGAAUAUUACAACAAAACUACACUGCAGUGGGUACCCAUGUGUGACAAUCGAUUUACUGAAAGAAAUGCUCAAGUAGUCUGCAGAGAGCUUGGAUUUGACCCCAUUAAUGUAUUUUUUGCACACGAUCGAAGAGUGGAAUAUCACAGUAAUUCACUCUCGCGAAUAUGGUCAUGGCCAGAGCCUUUGCAAUGUGUAGGCACCGAAGACCGAUACGAAAACUGCCCAAUCAGAUUAAAUGGGCAACUUUACGGUCAUAGACAUGAAUGCAAAUGGGAUUCUAAGUUCAUAUUUAUACAUUGUGGCAGUAGAAAUCUAGAUGAGAACCUUGAGUACUGGGGUGGUAUAAGAUUUGCACAUCCGGAAUUCGAAUAUUCCGUUUAUGAACAUCGAAUUCACGACCAUCACACUCAUGAAACUAUGAAAAAAUCAGAAAGUGAAUUACUUCAUGUUCAAAUAAUCGGUGCUGGUAUUCUACAUAAUGAAAAGUCACCUGCUAUUCAGAGCAUUAUUAAGAAUCCAAGAAUACAAAAUGUAAACAUUACAAAAUGUGCCCAUCAUGGCAUUAAUCUGAUUUCACCCACCGAUACUAUAAAUAUGAGAUUUAAUUAUGUACGAGACUUAUUAGGGGAAGGUGUCAAUGCCAUAUCAUUGAAUGGCGAAGGCAGAGAAUCUCACGAGUCGAGCUUUACACCACUGAAAGGUUUAAAUCUACCUUACCACUUGUUUUCGAUGAUCGACAUUUGCGAUAGUACUAAAAUGAUAACUGUUGAAGAGCGCGUAUUGCUAUACUACAAAUACGACAAUAACCCUAUAAAUUGCGUCAAGAUAUUUAAGAGCAUGUUCAGAGUAAAACCAUUUGGAUUUCGUUUGCUUCAAUUUAAUCUGUUUAAUCAUACAACAAGUUAUGGUAAACGAGACGCUCUGACUUUAUAUGAUGGCGAUAUUUAUAAUAUAACAGCGUCUGUGAUUGGAUACUUAGAGCACGGAUCGCCUGAUGAAAAGAUGCUUUUCAGGACACAGGGUCCGAGUUUAAGUAUUAGGCUAUUUGCAAAUGGGGCGUCGGCUGUACAUGGAUUUAUUGCAGAGAUUGUAACUUUGCCGAUAUCUGCUAUUGGUUUUAAUCGCGAUAUACAACAUAAUAUAUCCAGCAGUGAAUUUAUAAAUAACAGGGAAGGUGCUAUUACAUAUCAGUCCGUUGGUGAAGUCAAUCCGCUAGUAGCCAUAACUAGAAAUGAAAUAGUCGAAAACUGCAAAAAAUUGUACGGAAACUUUACUUCUUGUCAAUCCGCCGUUAGAUUCGACAUACAGAAUACACAAACAAUAGUGUUCAGGAACAAUUUAGUACGCAAUAAUGUAGGUGGAAUAUCGAUUAGAGCUGAUUCUAGUGGAAUCGCCACUUCGCUUCGAGGAUGGAUACAUAAUAAUCUAUUCUUAGAAAAUCACGACCUGCCAUGUCUUAAAGUAGAAGGUCGAAAGUCUUCAUCUUAUCAAGAAGUAACCAUCUAUCGGAACUACUUCACCCGUAACCAAGUGCAGUAUUAUGACGUAAUCGUAUUAAGACAAGUGGUUUCCAACUUCACGCACAACUAUGUUCAUGAUAACACCGGUAUGAGGAUCCUCGAAGUCUCAGGUUUUGAUCAAGUCCGGUUGCCGAUUUAUCAGACUACUUCACAUAAUGGAUUUUACAGAAAUUAUGCAACGGACCGCGAGGGGCGAGCUACUGUAGUUGCCGGCACUGCUGGCCAAAGUUACGUAGACAACAUUUUCUUUAACCCCGACAAUGAUUACGAGAUGAUUACCGUUAAUCGAUCAAUCUUUGUUGAAUAUAAUCCGAAUAUUCAAAGUGCAUUUGAACUUUGGCGGACUCGUAUCGACGCUAAGCACAACUUCUGGAGUUACAACGAGACCUCAGCAGUUGCAGGAAGAAUAAGGGACCAAAGUGAUAACCCUUUAUUGCUUGAGGUGGAUUUCAGACCAUUCUAUAUGAAUAACCAAACGGUAUUAGGUGGCGGGAAAUGUCCACCUGGAUGGGAUGUAAUAUCUGGAACAUGUUACAUGUAUGUAGGAGCACCCAUGACCUAUGAGGACGCGAGAAGAUUCUGUUUAUCGGAUAAUGCGUCAAUGCCCUUCGUGACCGGUAACUACGAGGUUCUAUACGAGUUCAUAAGUCGACAAAACCAGUGGUUCCAAUACGGCGAUAGGGUCUGGGUCAACCAUAUCGAUUAUGUGACGCAGUGCACGUCUUUCGCAUUCUCGAAUGUGGAAAUUACUGACUGCGAACAGAAGCAUGCUUUUAUUUGUGAGAUUGACCCAAGGAUUAUAAUUGACCCCAUGUCUUGGCAAGGGGAUACGUUAGCCGUGGCGUUUAUUGGCGUACUGUUAGUUAUGGUGCUGCUGGUAGGAGCUGCCCUCAUCUGCUGGUACUCUAAGUCCAAGCACAGACAUGUCCAAAGACUAGAGCGACGAAAUUCUAUACGGCAAUCGCUACACUCGGUUCGGUCCAUUGGCAGCAUCAACGGUGGGUUCCCUGACACACCGUACAGGAGGAAACUAAAUCAUCAAAUGAGUACCCGAUCUACCGACACUUUAACAAAAGGAUCAGACUAUAGGAAAAUGCUGGCAUCAACAGCAUCAAUGGAAUCAAUGGAAAAAAGCCAAUUUAACUCGUCACUAGAUGACAACCAAAGUUUUGAUAUCUACGAGGCUCACAACCCUAACACGAAUGUCAUGCCGCUCACACACAGCACAUUUGUAAAGAAACCGAUCACACCAGAAUACUCAAUACCCCAGCCGAGCAAUAAUAGACCUUAUAACAAUCUAGGCUUUAGAAACGAAGGUUACAGGGAGAACUCUGGAACAGCGAGCGGUGCACCGUCUAUAAACACGGUCGCGACUGAAGAAAUACCAAUUCUUCACCACCCUGAGGGCCUGCGGUCACCUCCAGAUGAAUAUGCUCUGUCUCCGCACAACGACAAUAAUCAAUACUUCACAUCAGACACGUUGCCCUUGCGGGAUAACGAUGAUACACUAAAAAGGGAUCGCAAGAUGUACGGGCCGUACGGCGCUCCGGCCAACAGCUACGGCGCGCAACCGAAACUGUCUUUUCUAAAGGAGUUAAGGUCUAAAAUGCCUGAGCAACCGCAGCCCGGAGCGAUACCGACCACUACCUUCGGACAGAGGAAUAAUAAUGCAGAUCAGCAACAGUAUUACGGCGACAACCUGCCGAGUCCGCCUCACCCGCCAGGUUAUUCUAACGCAUACGACAGCACUAUGUCAGAGAACAUACCGAGCUACGAGUCCAGUCCUCAAGAUCUAUCGAGAGAAUUCAACGACUCAUCACUGCCAGACUUUACUCACAGAUCUAAGUCUGAAGCUUUAUUGGAGACCAAUUUCGACUUAGAAGACUCAGAGAAUAGCCCCACUCCAUUAUCUGAAGCAAGUCGGUCACACAGUCAACCUUUAGAAACAUCGAUGUGA